UAUCGCCGUCUUCUUUCUUGAAACUCAACAAUGAUGUCCUUUCUCUCCCUCCUGUUAAAAGCUGGGCCGCCCCCUGGUGAAAUAUUGUUAUCUAAAACCACUGCUGUAGGGAGAGUGGACAUAAACGAAGGAAAGGGACAAAGGGAAGGCAGAAGAAGAGAGGAGAGGGACCCGCUAAAAGAAACCCUGACAGUGUCUACUCAGAAACGUGGUUGACAUGAUGAAAGAGGCUUUGGAAAAACUUCAGCUCAACAUAGUAGAGAUGAAAGAUGAAAAUGCAACCUUAGAUGGUGGGGACGUCCUAUUCACAGGCAGAGAGUUUUUUGUGGGCCUUUCCAAAAGGACAAAUCAACGAGGUGCUGAGAUCUUGGCUGAUACUUUCAAGGACUACGCAGUUUCCACAGUCCCCGUGGCCGAUUCUUUGCAUUUAAAGAGUUUCUGCAGCAUGGCUGGCCCCAACCUGAUCGCAAUAGGGUCCAGUGAAUCUGCGCAGAAGGCCCUCAAGAUCAUGCAACAGAUGAGUGACCACCGUUAUGACAAGCUCACUGUACCGGACGACAUGGCCGCCAACUGUAUAUAUUUAAAUAUCCCCAGCAAAGGGCAUGUCUUGCUGCACCGAACCCCAGAAGAGUACCCAGAAAGCGCAAAGGUUUAUGAGAAGCUCAAGGACCAUCUACUGAUCCCUGUGAGCAAUUCUGAGAUGGAAAAGGUGGACGGCUUGCUCACCUGCUGCUCCGUUUUUAUUAACAAGAAGACAGACUCUUGAGCGGAAGAGUCCCUCCCGAGCGGCCGGCGAGUGGCCUAGGCCAGGCUGAUGAUGGCUCUGUACCCAUUCCUCCUGUUUCCUUUGACAAUCUACUGUGCCACUAACUCUUGUUUACAAAGAAUUCCAAUCUUAAUCGCCUCAUUUCCCCACACCCCCCUCUUCCUCACGGGGCCCCCUAACCUGUGCACACAUUUGCUCAAUGAACUAAGCAACCUAGGAAAUACAGAACUAACGAAUCAUUGGAAUGUGAUUGAUAGCGUGGAGGCACUCACUCCAGCCUCUGUGUCCUUAGUGUGGGAAUAGUUUAGAUGCAGGGCAUCCUGAAGGACUGACCUCCUGGGCAGACAGAUAAACAAGCAAGGGACUUUCUUUGCUUCAUGAGUUGCGUUUGGUUCCUGUGAGAGUCCUGAGAACGUGGAUUUUUUCCCAUUCCCCUCUCUUCUCACCUCUAAAACACUUUCUUCCAGGUCUUCCUUUGGCCUUCCUCACUUCUUUCGUAAUCACCUUGAACCUGGAUUUAUCCAAGGUCUCGAACUCUGGAUACCCUCCUAACGUCCACCCUGUCUACGUGCAGUCCUCUCCUCCUCACAGCCACAACUUCUGCCACCACCAGCAAAUCAGAGUGGCUGGUUGGAGACGAGGGACCUCACAGAGGCACAUCCUGACAGGGUUUCCCAUUAGCACACCUAGGAAGGUAAAUUCAGGUGGUUGAUACAGGAUGUUAGAUACAGAAGCCUAGAAACACCCCCAUGGGUACAUCUCAGAGAGACUGAGUCACUGCCAUGAUUUUGCCUCAUGACUGGUCCUAUAGGAGCGUGGAGGAAAGUCUUUCUCCACCCCACCACCUCCCCCUUUUUCAGCUUCCUUCUGACUCAACCUUGUAUCUACCCCCUUAGAAUCACCAUGAUUUUGAAAAGUCAUUUCCUUCAAAAAAAGGCAGAACAUCUAAUGAUUGUUGACGGUCUGGUAAGAGCUAGAGGGAACUGCCUCCACCCAAGGCCUAGGAGCACAAUCAGGAAAUGGUUCCUAAAGUCAACUUCAAACAAUGUGUGAGUCUCCUUUGAAAUAUCCAUGACUGUUUACUGUGGAAUUCAACCGAAACUUCAAAUUACACAACUUUCAGCAGACGCAGGUCUCUCACAGGGAACAAUACCACAGCAAAGGAAUUCCUUUCUUGAAAGCUGAAACAGGCCAAGGACAUGGUACCUUACAAGGCACGGUGACCCAGCCAGGCAUCUCAUCAAACUUCUGGUCACUUCUACCUUGGCUGUAUAGCCUGCAGUCUGUCAUUCGAUAUUUAAAGUUGGGGAGACAAAGGCUAUGUCAGCUCUAGCUCUCCUUACCUCUCUUUGUGAUCAGUGUUUCUUCUAGUGAAGGCAAGAGAGACUGGGCCUCAUCUCGUCCCCCUCAGUGGCCGGAAGUGAGAAAAUCAAGACUUCCUUUACCGCCCUUCUCUUAGUUGGCAACCUCUCUGAAGAGGUCUCCAUCUCUCCCUUGCUGUCUAACUCUAGACUCAUAUCGCAUGCCAAUAUCUAACUGUACACCCUGUGAAUGAACCAUAUCCUGGUCACUGUCACAUUUCACAGCGUAUCACAGGUGAACAGUUAUGCCUUCUCCAGGGCAAGGGAAUAUGAGACAGUUGCCUAAAUUCAUAAAGAAAAAUUGUUCUCAGCCAUUAUGGUUGCCUUGAGGGGUUAAAGUUGACCCCACCUACACUAGCAAAAAAAAAAAAUUCUUAAUUGUGGGAAGUGACCAUCUCAAAAUCAACCACAGGAAAAACAGCCCACUCUACACAUACCAGCAUAUAAUUGUCACUGACGCCUCUUCUAUCAUCCCGGUUCCAGAACUGUCCUCAAUGAUAUUUAGUCAAUUACAAGGGAUUAGGUUUCUUUCAUGGUGACAGUUUCUUCUACCAAAGGUGGCUUUCCAUUCCCCUUUCCUUUUGCAUCCCUCUUUCCUUGUUUGUCCUGAGAAAUUGACGAGAGUCCCUGCCUCCUCCCCAUCUUAUUCUGCUCUUGGACUCCCUGUGUGAUACAGUGAUGUGAAAACUCAAAAUACAUGCAGCACGGCUCCUGUGAGGUCCUCAUCAGCGUGAUGAAAGGGAAAGAUGUCUUUACCCAAGUUCCCUUUGUGUCUCACGGAGACGGGAAGACUAACAAGAAGGCUUCUUAACAUCGUAAAGACAUGAGUUCCGUUGAACUAAGUAUAUAGGUUGGGUUAGAAUGAACGGGUCCAUGUGGGUUGGUCUAGUGAAGAGAUGAGCUAGAUGCAAUGUGUCAUUUAGCGUUAUGUCUUUAACCGGUGGGCUGCUGUAAGAAUCGGUGGCAGUUCUCUCUCUGCCGUGUGUUAAUUGCUCUGGAACGCUACUAGGACCCGAAUACUAAGGCCACAUCUCUACGUCUCUAAGAAGGGGAAAUAAGAUAGGCUUUAGUCUCACAGUGUGGCCUAGGUGGGGUUGCAUGUUACUCCCUAACACGCUACAGAAUUCAGACAUAGUUUCUGUGUGGUGGUAGGUCUGUGCUUUUUUUAUCGUCUUGCCUGCCAUCUUCCAGCCAGUGUAUGGUUUAUCCAGUCUGUGUGCCAAAGCCAGCCAUGUCUCCCACGACCCGUUAGUCCAGAGGAGUUCUGCCCCAACACUAGUUUCCAGCUGCCCACUCCUAAUGUACACCAAUCAAGACAGAAUAAAAUUUGAGUUGUUCGGUG